AUGACUGAUUUGAUUAAAACUGGACAAAAGCAUGUUGCCAGCGGCUGUGGCCGUAUUAAAGACCAUAUGAUUGAGAAGGGAGAAGGCAGCUGGCUUCACACUAAUGAGACCAAGUAUCUCGACUUUACCUGUGGUAUUGGCGUGACGAACCUCGGCCACUGCCACCCACGUGUCACCAAGGCUGCACAAGAGCAGGUAGCCACGCUCGUACACGGCCAGUGCAGCAUUGGAUUCCACCGUCCAUAUGUACAGCUCAUUGAGAAAUUACUCCCAGUCAUGCCACAUCCUUCGCUCGACUCAUUCUUCUUCCUCAACUCUGGCAGUGAAGCUGUAGAAAAUGCAGUCAAGAUCGCAAGAAAGUCGUCUGGAAAGACGCACGGCAACAUUAUCUGUAUGCAAGGAUCUUAUCACGGACGUACGUACGGUGCAUCCGCACUUACCAAGUCCAAGACCAUCUAUGCAGAGCAAGUUGGCCACGGCAUGCCUGGUAUUUUCGCAACACCAUUCCCUUACGCACACCAAAUGGGUCUCCCACAAUCCACACCCGAAGACGAACUUGUCAAGCAAUGUCUAUUCCAGCUCGAGAUGCUCCUUGCCCAGCAGAGCGCGCCUGCUGAUACCGCUGCUAUUAUUCUCGAGCCGGUCAUUGGAGAGGGAGGCUACGUCCCAGCUCCUUCUUCAUAUCUCCAUGGUCUGCGUCAAAUUUGCGACGAUAACAAUAUCAUGCUUAUCAUUGACGAAGUGCAGAGUGGUUUCGGUCGUACUGGUAAAUACUUUGCCUCAGAGUACUCCGGUGUCCGUCCAGAUAUCCUCGUCAUAGCCAAGGGAAUUGCAAACGGCUUCCCGCUCUCAGGCGUUGUGACUCGCAAGGAGCUUACCGACAAAAUGCCAAAGGGUUCAUUGGGUGGAACAUACUCAGGAAACGCCAUCUCAUGUGCAGCUGGAGUUGAGUGUGCUAACAUCAUGAGAGAAGAGAAGAUACUCGACAACGUGAAGGCUCGUUCAGCUGAGUUGCUGGCUGCUUUGAAGGAACUGCAGACUGAUAGUGAGACAAAGCACUUGUUUGCUGAUGUCCGUGGAUUGGGUUUGAUGAUCGGCGUCGAGUUUGUCAGCUCAUCAAAGCAUCCAAUCCCAAAUGCUAGCAUAAGCAAUGCGACACCAAACAACGUCGGCGGCAGAGUGCAGAAGAGGUGCUUGGAAAAGGGACUGAUGCUGCUCACGACAUCUGCAUUUGAUGUUAUCAGAUUCAUCCCACCACUGACCAUCACAAAGGACGAAAUGGAGCUGGGAUGUAAAAUAUUCAAAGAGAGCGUGAGAGAGGUGGCUAAAGAGAAGUAA